AUGGAGACUCUGAGGGACAAGACCUUGCAGGAGCUGGAGCAGAUGCAGAAUGACCCGGAUGCCAUCGACCGGCUGGCCUUGGAGGCCCCUGAGGUCCAGGACCUGCAGCUGGAACGGGAGAUGGCACUGGCCACGAACCGGAGCCUGGCUGAGCAGAACCUAGAGUUCCAGGGGCCCCUGGAGGUCAGCCGCUCAAACCUCCUGGACAAGUACCAGGAGCUCCGGAAGCUUGUGGAGCGGUGCCAGGAGCAGAAGGCAAAGCUGGAGAAAUACUCUUCAGCACUGCAGCCCGAAGCCUUAUUAGACCUUCUCCAAGUCGAAGGCAUGAAGAUUGAAGAAGAGUCUGAGGCCAUGGCUGAGAAGUUCCUGGAGGGCGAGGUACCCUUGGAAACAUUCCUGGAGAACUUCUCCUCCAUGAGGGUGCUGUCCCACCUGCGUCGGGUUCGCGUGGAGAAGCUCCAAGACGUGGUGAGGAAGCCCAGGCCUCCCCAGGAGCCAGCCGGAGAUGCUCCGCCACCCCGGCCACCGCCACCCCCACCUCGCCCGGUCCCCCAGGCAACGCCCCCGGUGGCCGAAGAGCAGCCGUCUCCGCCAUCAUCUGCCGGGCCUCCUCCCUACCCCCUGCCCUACAGCCCGUCUCCAGGCAUGCCCGUGGGCCCAACCGCCCAAGGAGCGCUGCAGCCGGCCCCCUUCCCAGUGGUCUCCCAGCCUGCCUUCUCCUACAGUGUGCCUUUGGGCCCCACGUUCUCGGCAGCCCAGCCGGGAAGGCCUGUGGGGGGCUACUCCUGGUCCCCACAGAGGAGCACGCCAGCCCAGCCAGGCUAUCCCGUGGCCUCAACUGGUGGCUCUGCACCUGGCCCCGGUUACCCUUUGGCUGGAGGCCGGGCCUCCAGUCCUGGUUACCCCCAGCAGCAACCCCCCUACCUCUCAGGAGGAAGUAAACCUCCAUACCCCACCCAGCCCCCUCUCCCCAGCUUCCCGGGACAGCCCCGGCCCUCAGGGUCCCCCCAGCCUCCCUACCCCCCAGGGCCUGCCCUUCCCUACGGAUUUCCACCACCUCAGGGUCCAGCCUGGCCUGGGUAUUAG